AUCUGCAUGAAAAACUAAGUGAAAGUGAGAAGCUUAUGAAAGAAAUGUCGCAGACAUGGGAGGAGAAACUACAGAAGACAGAACGCUUACAACAAGAGCGCCAGCAAGCAUUAGAGAAAAUGGGUAUUAGCGUGCAAGCAUCUGGUAUCAAGGUGGAGAAAAACAAAUAUUACCUUGUAAACCUGAAUGCUGAUCCAUCACUUAAUGAACUGUUGGUUUACUACCUAAAGGAACGUACCCUUGUCGGGGGUCGAGAUGCCCCAUCAGAACAAGAUAUACAGCUGUCAGGUUUAGGUAUACAGCCAGAGCACUGUGUGAUUACAAUUGAAGAUGGUGGUCUUUUUAUGGAGCCCAUUAAUAACGCCCGCUCAUAUGUCAACGGUUACCCUAUAACUGAAAAAACACCUCUUCAUCAUGGAGACAGAAUACUGUGGGGCAAUCACCAUUUUUUCAGAGUCAAUUGUCCGAAGUCUUCAGCCAUGUCAGAACCACAGACACCUGCACAAACAAUUGACUACAACUUUGCAAGAGAGGAACUUAUGCUGAAUGAACUGAGUAAUGAUCCUAUACAGACCGCCAUUGCAAGACUAGAAAAGCAGCAUGAGGAGGACAAACAAGUUGCUCUGGAAAAACAACGACAGGAAUAUGAAAGACAAUUUCAACAGCUGAGGAAUAUUUUGUCCCCCUCAACGCCAUAUUCGCCAUAUGUACCUUUUGACCCAUUCCGCCUAGGAAAAAUAACUCCAUGUACUCCUACAACACAAAUGAGAGUAGAAAGAUGGGCACAGGAAAGGGAUGAAAUGUUCAAGCGCAGCCUUGGACAGCUCAAGGCUGACAUACUAAGAGCCAAUUCUCUGGUUAAAGAAGCAAAUUUCUUAGCAGAAGAAAUGGGACGACAGACAACAUUCAGUGUCACACUUCAGAUUCCUCCAGCCAAUCUAAGUCCUAAUCGUAAGCGAGGCUCUUUCGUAAGUGAGCCAGCAAUACUUGUGAAACGUAAGAAGCAAGGCAGUCAGGUAUGGUCUAUGGAGAAGCUGGAAAACAAACUCAUUGAUAUGCGAGAACUGUAUGAAGAAAAGAAGGAGAAGGGGCUCCCUCUGGAGGAUGUUCCAGCAAAAGGUCUUGAUCCUUUUUAUGAAUCUCAGGAAAAUCACAACUUGAUUGGUGUUGCAAAUAUAUUUCUGGAAGUUCUUUUUCAUGAUGUAAAAUUGGACUAUCACACACCUAUUAUUAGUCAACAAGGAGAAGUUGCAGGUCGUUUGCAGGUUGAACUUAGUCGUGUUGCUGGAUCAUUUCCACAGGAUCGAACAGCAGAAGCUGCGUCAGAAAGUUCUGGUGACAGUGGAAAGGAUGAAGAAGAAAUUCCUUCCAGUAGUCAAGUUACUUGCAGGGUAACUAUCAAGCAAGCAACAGGUCUACCUCUUUCUCUUUCAAAUUUUGUAUUCUGUCAGUAUGUGUUCUGGAAUCAUCCAGAAGCUAUUGUUGUACCACCAGUGGUAGACCCAGAAUAUCCUGCAGCAUGUUCAUCAGGCAAUGCAUCUAUGACCUUCAAAUUUGAUCAUACAAAGGAUUUUGUGGUGCCUGUUACAGAGGAAUUUUUGGAACACUGUUCAGAAGGAGCAUUGUCUAUUGAAGUGUGGGGUCAUCGCUGUGCUGGUUUUACCCGUUCAAAGGAUGGUUGGGAGGUGGAGCAACAGCAGCUUGCAAAAGCAAGAUCUCUAGCAGACAGGUGGAGUGAACUAACUCGGAAGAUAGAACUUUGGGUAGAAAUCCAGGAACUAAAUGAACAAGGGGAAUACUCAUCAGUGGAAGUGUCAGCCCGACCAGACCUGCUGACCGGUGGUGUGUAUCAGCUCCGCCAAGGCCAGCAGCGACGCAUUCGGGUGCAAGUCAAACCCGUCCAGAACUCGGGAACAUUGCCCAUCAUUUGUCAGUCCAUUGUCAGUAUUGCAGUUGGAAGUGUAUCUAUUAGGUCACGUCUCCAGAAACCAUUAGACUCAUACCAAGAAGAGGAUCUUUCCAUCCUCAGAGAAAAAUGGAGUGAUGCCUUGAUGAGGAGGCGGCAAUACCUAGACCAACAGAUACAGAAGUUGAUAAAUAAACAAGACAAAACAGAGCAAGACCUCGAAAGAGAGCAGAGCCUGGUAGACCAGUGGGUGAGCCUGACAGAGGAACGUAAUGCUGUCCUUGUGCCUGCACCAGGCUCUGGGAUACCAGGAGCCCCAGCAGACUGGGAGCCGCCUCCUGGGAUGGAACCACAUGUGCCUGUUCUCUUCCUGGAUCUCAAUGCUGAUGAUCUAUCUGUACAUCAAUCUGGGGAAGAUGUUUCAAUUACUGGAGCAAAUUCAAUUCUACCAAAGGAACAUGGCAACAAAUUCUAUAACUUACCUAUAAUUAAACAUGAAGAAAAAGAUGUUUGUGCUGUAGCAGCAUGGGACUCAUCCAUCCAUGACAGCUUGCACUUAAAUAAAGUUACAGAAGCCAAUGAAAGGGUUUAUCUGAUACUGAAAACAACUGUCAGACUGUCUCAUCCAGCAACUAUGGAUUUAGUUCUUAGGAAGAGACUUGCUUUGAAUAUAUACAAGCGACAAAGCAUAACUGACAGGAUACGAAAAAAGAUUGUUCGAACAGACUGCUUGACACAGAGUGGUGUCACAUACGAGAUUGUAUCAAACAUUCCAAAGGCAAGUGAAGAACUGGAAGAUCGUGAAUCGCUAGCUCAGAUUGCUGCUUCUGGUGAAGAGACAUCAAUGAGUGAUGGAGAAACAUACAUAGAGAAAUAUACUAAAGGAGUAAGUGCAGUGGAGAGCAUCUUGACUCUAGACCGUCUGCGCCAGAAUGUUGCUGUGAAAGAGCUGCUGCAAGCGCAGGGUCAGACACACAUGAGGAAAACAGCUAGUGUACCAAACUUCUCGCAGAUUAUGCGGUUCGAUAGCAGUUCCGACGUGGGUGGAGUCGCAAGGUCUGAGAGUGUUACAGACCUUAACUUGGAGCAUCUGAACAAUUCUAUGCACAGGGAAAGCAGAGGACGCCCUUCAACAUCUCCUGGUUUUGCAAAAGCCAAUUCAGCAGAUGGCGAUAUGAUAACAACACCAACAAAACCAUUUGGACUGGCUCGCCCUACAUUCCUCAAUCUGAACCUGAACCUCAACUCUCUUCGCCUGCAGCCGGCCGGGCCCAAACCCACGAAGCUCGGUCUCCGAAUGACGACACUCCAUGAGGAGCAGUGCAGCCACUCAGCUACAAGCAAAGAUGCCGCCACAGUCCAGCAGAAAUGUUCGAGUGCUCCCAAGUCUAACGCGAGUUCAAAAGCAGAGCUGGCAGACCCAGAUGGCAUUUACAGUGAUCCUGAAUUUUCUGAGUCAGAGUCUUAUCAAAGUUCUGGUCAACAUACAAGACCAAAUUACUUGGUAAAAUCAGGUUUACCUAGUUCAAGAACAUUGGACUCCUUAGCAGAGCUUCAGUCAACAAAGAUGGGUACUCCAAGUGCAUCUUCUAGUGGAUACGGAUCUCAGGCUGUCUCCUACACGAAUCUUACUAGUGAAGAUUCUAUGUCUGUACGGAGUAUUAGUGUUGAUGAGACUCCAGAUGUGGAAACACGACCACUGGCUAUUGCUGAAUUACACCCCGUUGCUGAAGCUAAUUACCAUGAAGAAGAGAUAGAGAACUAUGGAAAUAUCUCUGAGAGGCAAGAAAUUGUUGAAAACAGGAUGAGCUGUUCCACUGAAGCCGAAGCUGAAGGAGAAGUAAUUCCUUGGAAAUCUACUGAAGCAGCCAACAAAGGAAAUGAAUCAGUGCAGGCUGUUUCAGAGAUUCCUGUGGAAAGUGAUACUCAGAAUGUCCAGCCUUCUGUUGCGAACAUACCUGAUAGAAGUUCUUUAAGUUUGGAUUUGAAAAAUAGCCACACGAGUGAAAAAGAAUUGUCUGAGAGCAAGGAACUGAAAGAGGAGCCCCAUAACAUCGAAAAUUCCAUUCCAAAAGACAGUGAAUGUAACAUUGAUUCGGAAAGUGAUGUUAGUAGGUUAUCCAGUGAUCAGAUAUCAGAAAGGCAUACUGUUCAACAUCAAACUCAUGAACUUCAACCAGGAAGUGUUUGUGAUUCUGCAGACAUUGUGGAUGAACUGACAGGAGGUGCGGAUACAAUAAAUCUGACCAAAGCUGUUUCUUCACAUUCUCCUGCAACACCAAACUCAGGCGAUGACUCACCAUCAGAAGGAAGCUCAGUUGUCCACACCCGUUUACCUCCAGGGAAAGUUGUCAGAAGACGUAAAACAACUUCAAAGAAUGCAGUUUCAACACAGCACCGUGCUUCCUUUCCCAUGGCCCGUCCAGCAAUGUCUGACAGCAAGGCUGCUUAUAAAUUGGAACAGAGGCUCCAAAACUUGGCACUUGGACACAACGGAGUGUCAAGCCCACACAGCACAUCUUCAGAAAGACUUCCACAUGAAGAUGAUGGUGAUGCUGGAAGUUCAUUUGGAUCACGUCGUGAUCUAAACAGAAUUUCAGAUGCACCCAUACCUGAAUGGGUUGUAGUAGGUGAGAGUGUCCUUAUUCGACCCUAUAACUCUUCAGGUGUUGUUGCCUAUGUAGGCGGAACUGAAUUUGCGCAAGGAACAUGGGUAGGCGUGGCUCUGGAUGCCCCAACAGGAAAGAAUGAUGGUACUGUGCAGGGUGUGCGGUAUUUCACUUGCAAACCAAAGUGUGGAAUUUUUGUACGAGCAGAUAAAUUAAUACAAGAUCGACGAGGCCGUGCCAUGAGGACUGGAAAUCGACAAUCUGAAUCGGCUCCACCUAGUGGUUCAAUGAAGAGAAGCAGCAGUAGAGGUGAAGGCCUGUCCACCUUACAUCGAUCCCGUAGCCGUGGUGAAGGUAUGAGCACAGUGGGUACUCGAGCCACAACGAGGAAGUAACUGCCAGCAGCAGCCUGCUGUGCUGAGAUUUUAUCGCACAGUCUUGUUGGUUAUUUGUCCAGCCAAAUGGCCAUCAACUUUCACUCCAAACUAAAUUCACUCUGAGCACAGAUUACUGUAUAAGUAUCUUACUUGUAGAAUAUGAGUGUAUAUUUUGAGACCGGAGGCUCAACAGUCUGUGUAAUUUCAGAUUUAGAGCUAUCUGUUAUUUAUUGUAGGCUUACCUGUUAUUUAGUGUAUAAAACAAAAAUUCUUUCACUAAAUUCUUUGUUCAUUUCCACUUAUGUUCUGAAACUAUUAUAUAAUUGCCAAGUAGUGAGAAACAGAUGAUGACCUGGAGCUUUUUUUUUUGUUUUUGUUUACGUUUUACUUCUAAAUAAGUAUCUCAAACCUUGUAGAAACAGGGCAAAUGCUGAUCCUGAACCACUGAUGAUACUGCAAUACAAUUUCCCUCUAUUUUUAUAGUUAUGUGCCACUGGUAUUAAGAUUUUUUUAAAGUACUGUGCAUAUUUAUUUGCAGUUCUCUGUUUUGUGCAGUAGAUGAACUUGAAAAGCAAUGUUUUCAUAAGUCAUCUGGAUUAUUGGAGUAGAUUGUGGUUUUCUUUCUAAGGACACAGAAGCUGCUUGCAGGUAUUAAUGCACUGUAUCCAUUCCCACUGUUGCUAAACAGCAAUGUCACCAAUUCUGAGUAUUUCUGUACUGUGUCAGGUAGUUUUAAAUGAAGUUCAAGCAAUCACUCAGUGUAGUAUGGCCUCAGAGAUGUGGCCAUUUUGUACUGUUGUAAUAAUAUAACUGAAAGUGCAACAAAUCAGUGGCAAUUGCAUUAUUUUGCAAUACAGCAUUCCAUGAAUAAUGCUUCUACAGUAUUUUCCAGUAGCCAUAUAGCACGUAAUAACAAAAAAAAAAAAAGGAAGAUGUGAGAUGUGCACUAUAC